UUGAACUGAAUCUUGAUGGUAGAUAAACAUUUGGGUGGAAUUUUAGUAAUUGAGAUGCAAGUUUAACUGCCUAAGAGAGUGAUUAAACAAAACAUUGACUCAGGGGGGAUGGACACAAAUGAACGCCGCGGUUUUAGAUUUUUACUAGAUUUUUAUUUCUAAAGCUAAAUAAUGAACUCGGUCUCUUUUUCCUUCCACUUCAUAAAGUAUAAAAUACAACAAUAUGAUACAAUAAAAAGGCUUCAUUGAUUGGGAUAUCUGUGAUGUGGGCUUCUUUUAAAAAAGAAACUUCACAGAUGCACUUUUGCAAAGCGUAAACACUGCAAAAGUUUCCCUGCUCACCAGAUGGUGAGCUGCCUGCUGCGAGACAUCCCGCCCCGAUGUGAUGUCAAACACUUCAGGGGUGUCAGAGACCUGAGCUCCACGUUUCCCCUUAAGCAACCAGUCAGAGCUGUCUGGGAAGCUGAACACAUCUGACUGAUCUGGACAAGACAAGGUUUUUCAACAAUGACGGAUAUGGCGACUGCUUUUUACUAUUACAGCAAUGACACAGAAUACAAUUACUCCUUGUACGAUUAUUACGAAAACGAGGAUGAUCAUAGCUACAAAGAUGAGCCCACUAAGCUGAGGCAGUCCCUCACCAUCAUGUCCCUCAUCGUCUACUCUCUGGUCUUCAUGCUGGGCGUGCUCGGGAAUGGAGUGGUUAUCUGGGUGACCGGCUUCAAGAUGAAGAAAACAGUCAACACAGUUUGGUUCCUUAACCUGGCCAUGGCUGACUUCCUCUUCACGGCAUUCCUGCCUCUGAGCGUGACGUACACAGCCAUGGACUUCCACUGGCCGUUUGGCAAGUUCAUGUGCAAGCUGAACACCACCAUCAGCUUCCUGAACCUGUUUGCCAGCGUCUACAUUCUGGUGGUGAUCAGCGUGGACAGAUGUGUGUCUGUUGUGUGGCCCGUCUGGGCUCAGAACCACAGGAACACACGGAAAGCCUCUUGCAUCAGUCUGUGCGUCUGGGCGUUGGCUUUAAUCCUCAGCACUCCAUAUUUUGUCUUCAGGGACACGAGGCCAUCGUAUGAGGAUAAGAAGAUCAUCAACUGCUUCAACAACUUUGCUCUGUCUGACGACAGUAAAAGUCAAUCUAUGGCUGCGCUGCACCUUUUCCGCCACAAGGCCAUGACCAUUACACGCUUUCUCCUAGGCUUCGUCAUCCCCUUCACCAUCAUCGUCUCCUGCUACGCCAUCAUAAUCCACCACCUCAGACGAAACCGCACGCUGGCCAGCCAGUCAAGUCGUUCUUUCAAGAUAAUUGCUGCCAUCAUCGUCACGUUUUUCCUGUGCUGGGCUCCCUAUCACAUUCUGGGUCUGAUUGAGAUGGUGAGCCACAUGAGAAAUCACUCAAGAGUGACGAUGAGGCACAUCCUCAUAAUCGGAAGCCCGAUCGCCACGAGCCUGGCCUUUCUCAACAGCUGCCUGAACCCACUGCUGUACGUGUUCAUGGGUCAGGACUUCAAGGAUAAAGUCCGCAAAUCCAUCCUGAAGGUGCUGGAGAACGCCUUCCAGGAGGAGGUGUCCCGCUCUUACACCUACACAAACUCAAUGGUCACUAUUCGAAGCAAAGACAAGUCGGUCUCUGACGUUGAUGUGUGAGGCUUUCACAAAAAC